UGGGGGAAGUUGCAGAGAUUUUGAGUCUGACAGAAGGCCCCUUUCCUUUUCUUUCCUUUCUCCUACCUCUUCUAAAUUAUUAUAUGUGCAAGGUGGAAGGAAGACUGAUAAAAUCUCAAUAGAAAUAUAGACCGCUGUGUGUCUUCACUCAAUUGUGCAGAGAAAGAUGAUCAUAUCAUGAAGCACGUGUACAUACUACUCAUCAGCAGAUUUCCAUCACACCAGCAGCAGCUCUGAAGUAAACACCUAAGUCACUUCGUCAAUAAUACUAGAGGCAUCGACUCUUUUAUCGGUCGAGACAUGGCGACCUACUUUCAUCACCACCGCGGCAACUCAUCGGAAAUCCAAGCCUCCUCCGACAGUGCCUUACAAACACUCGUUCUCAUGAAUCCCUCUUAUGUCCCUUACUCCGACACUCCACCACCACCACAGCAACAACAACAGCCUCAAACCCCACCCGCCGCCACCAACCUUGUUUUUCUCAACUCAGCCGCCAAUUCCCUCACUCACCACCCCUCAACUCUCUCCCACGCGCCGCCCUCUCACCACCAGCAAUUUGUCGGCAUCCCGCUAGCGCAAGACCCCAACAGCAACAGCUCCCAAUCCAUGCACCACCCCCAUCAUGACAUCUCCACACUGCAUGCCUUCAUGCCUAGAAUUCAGACUCAGUACGCGCUUUGGAACUCAAUUGACCCGACCGCGGCCGCGCGUGACACCCCACGCGCUCAGCAGGGCCUGUCUUUGAGUCUCUCCUCUCAGCAGCCGGGUUGGUCGUUCCAGGGGGGCGCCACCGAGAGGGAGGUCCCGUCAGGGGAAGACAUUCGGGUUUCCAGCGGGUCAAAUUCGUCGGCUUCUGGUGUGACGAAUGGGGUUUCGGGUAUGCAGAGCGUGCUGCUAAGCUCCAAGUACUUGAAGGCGGCGCAGGAGCUGCUCGAUGAGGUUGUGAACGUUGGGAAUGGGAUGAGGACUGAGCUGCCAAAGAAGGGUAAUGGGCAGCAGAGUAAAGCGGCGGCUGAGUCGGCCGCCGGGGACUGUUCAGUAGGCGGUGAAGGGAGUGGAAAGCGUGCGUCUGAGUUGAGCACUGCUGAGAGGCAGGAAAUUCAGAUGAAGAAGGGAAAGCUAAUCAACAUGCUUGAUGAGGUUGACCAAAGGUACAGGCAAUACCACCGACAGAUGCAAAUGGUAAUUUCAUCAUUCGAGCAAGCAGCUGGAAUUGGCUCAGCAAGAACAUACACUGCUCUGGCACUGCAAACAAUAUCAAAGCAAUUCAGGUGCCUGAAGGACGCCAUAACGAACCAAAUUCGAUCCGCAAACAAGAGCUUGGGAGAAGAAGAUAGCGUUGGAGGCAAGAUUGAAGGCUCAAGGCUCAAAUAUGUUGACCAUCAGCUGAGGCAGCAAAGGGCUCUCCAACAAUUGGGAAUGAUCCAGCACAAUGCUUGGAGACCACAAAGAGGAUUGCCCGAAAGAUCUGUUUCCGUUCUUCGCGCUUGGCUCUUCGAACACUUCCUCCACCCAUAUCCGAAGGAUUCAGACAAGCACAUGCUUGCAAAACAGACUGGACUUACUAGGAGUCAGGUUUCCAAUUGGUUUAUAAACGCUCGGGUCCGGCUGUGGAAGCCAAUGGUGGAGGAAAUGUACAUGGAGGAAGUGAAGGAGCAAGAGCAGAAUGGAUCAUCUGAGAAAAUGAGCAAGAGCAAUGGGGACUCAGCAUCAAAGUCCACAGCUCCACAAGACACUGAGAACCAAACAACAAGCACUUUCAACUUCAAACAAGAGAAUUCGGUGAAUCACAAUCUCGCUGCUCAUCCAUCAAUUUCGAUUUCCCAAGCCUCAACAUCGCCCACAAACAUGGUUCGGAACCAGUCCGGAUUCACUCUCAUUGGGUCAUCAGAACUCGAUGGGAUUACACAAGGUAGUCCAAAGAAGCCUAGGAGCACCGAAAUUAUGCACUCCUCAAAUGGUAGUGUCCCGCGUAUGAAUAUUGAGGCCCAAGAGGUGAACAAUGAGCAAGUUUCUAUGAAAUUCGGGGACGAGAGGCAGGGCAGAGAUGGCUACUCUUUCAUGGGAGGGCAGACUAAUUUCAUCGGAAAUUUUGGGCAAUACCCGAUUGGGGAAAUUGGCAGGUUUGAUGCAGACCAAUUCGCACCAAGGUUCUCGGGCAACGGUGUCUCUCUCACUCUAGGUCUUCCUCACUGCGAAAACCUCUCCAUGUCCGGAGCUCACCGCCAUCAAACUUUUCUCCCAAACCAAAACAUUCAGCUGGGGAGAAGAGUAGACACUGGUGAAACAAAUGAUCAGUUUGGUGCCAUAAACACUUCAGCUUCUCACUCUUCCGCUGCUGCAUUCGAAAACAUCGACAUUCAGAACCGAAAGAGGUUCGUAGCCCAAUUGUUACCAGACUUUGUGGCGUGAUCCUGACGCAAAUAAUUUAAGAUGGCCUUGAAGAAGCUUGACCGAUUGCAGGGGGGAUGCCAAUGCCAUUGCUUCCUUAUGUGAUCUUCUUCUCAGCAUUUCUUUCUAUGCCCUAUAAAUUACUUGGGGAACAAGGAAGAAAUGCAUAUGGUAGUGUAAAGAAAGAAGAAUUUACUUUUAGUAUAGGUAUAUACUUCUCUGCAUAGAAGAAUUCCAGUUCUUAGACAGCUUUAGGAUUUGAGAUCAUAUGGUUGAGGAUUGUAUAUUAUUUUGUUUAAGUUUUGGAGAUGGAUAGACGGAUUGGUGUAAAACUUUAGUUAAUUGGCAUGGGUAUACCAUUAUAUAUUGAUAUUAUUAACUUUGCUA